AUGGCCGAGAACAAGCCCAGCAAGACGAUGCUCUGGGGCGGCCGCUUCACAGGCGGCCUCGACCCGCUGAUGGUCGCCUACAACGAGUCCAUCUACUACGACCGCAACUUCUACGCCCAGGACAUUGCCGGCUCCAUUGCCUACGCCCGCCAGAACACCAAGCUGGGCAUCUUGACCGACGACGAGUUCCAGGCCAUUGAGAAGGGCUUCCAGCAGGUCAAGCAGGAGUGGGAGAGCGGCACCUUCGACAUCAAGCCCGGCGUCGACGAGGACAUCCACACUGCUAAUGAGCGUCGCCUGGGCGAGAUCAUCGGCACCAACAUCGCCGGCAAGCUCCACACCGGCCGCAGCCGCAACGACCAGGUCGCCACCGACAUCCGCAUGUGGCUGCGCGAGAAGCUGCGCGAGAUCGAAGGCUACCUCAUCGAGUUCCUCAAGGUCGUCGCUGCCCGCGCCGAGAAGGAGAUCGACCCCGUCAUGCCCGGCUACACCCACCUGCAGCGCGCCCAGCCCAUCCGCUGGAGCCACUGGAUGCUGAGCUACGGCCUUGCUUUUGCUACCGACCUCCAGCGCCUGCGUGAGACCAUCCGCCGCGUCAACCGCUGCCCGCUUGGCUGCGGUGCCCUGGCUGGCAACCCCUUCGGCAUCGACCGUGAUGCCCUGGCCCAGGAGCUCGGUUUCGACGAGGUCUUGUACAACAGCAUGGCCGGCGUUGCCGACCGUGACUUCGGCCUUGAGGCCAUGCAGUGGGGCAGCACUCUGAUGCUGCACAUGAGCCGCUGGGCUGAAGAUUUGAUCAUCUACAGCAGUGCUGAGUUCGGCUUCGUCAAGCUGGCCGACGCCUACAGCACUGGUAGCUCGCUGAUGCCGCAGAAGAAGAACCCUGACAGUCUCGAGCUGCUGCGCGGCAAGUCCGGCCGCGCCUUCGGCCAGAUGGCCGGCCUGAUGAUGACCAUUAAGGGCAUCCCCUCCACUUACAACAAGGACCUCCAGGAGAGCGUCGAGCCGCUGCUCGACCACGUCAAGACGGUUGCCGACAGCAUCCAGAUCGCUACCGGCGUCAUCUCCACUCUCGACAUUGUCCCUGAGAAGAUGCGCGCUGCUUUGACCCCUGAUAUGCUGGCCACCGAUCUUGCUGAUUACCUUGUCCGCAAGGGUGUUCCCUUCCGUGAGACUCACCACAUCUCCGGCCGUGUCGUUGCUCUGGCCGAGAAGGAGGGCAUCCCCAUGGACCAGCUUUCUUUCGAGCAGCUGCAGGCCGUCGACUCCCGCUUCGAGCGUGACAUCGUUGAGUCUUUCGACUACGAGAAGAGCGUUGAGAUGCGCGCCACCAAGGGUGGCACUAGCAAGUCCUCUGUCUUGGACCAAAUCUCCAACAUUAGGAAGAUGAUUGAGGGCAACUAA